AAGUAGUUUAGUCCGUUAUGUUCUUCCGCCACAUCACAAUAAUUAUAUUACCCUAGUUUUCCUUUCCCUCUCUCUGCGGGCGGCGGCCACAUCUCCCUGCAACGCUCGCAGAUGGCGGAGGGCGGCAACGACGGUUCGGUUGCGGGGGAUCGGCUCAUGGUUGCAACAAUCAAGCGCAAGCGGGAGCUUGCCGAAGAAGAUGGAGAUUCUUCUUCCCCUUGUAGCGCUAAUCGAUCCCUCGACAUGGAGGUAGUGGAGGAGAAAUUGUAUUGCUCUUAUGGAGGAACCAUUAACUUUGACAGGACCUAAUAAUCGAGUACUUGGUACACUAUACAGAAUUGAGUUACAUUUAAAGAUUAGAGACGAUGGUGGUGUUGACCAAGAUUUCUGCGAGAAGGCGAGAACACAAUGCAUCAGCUAUAAAUUUUUAGUGAAAGUAGCCACAAAAUGUCCGGACCAGUAUGUGAACAAGUAUAAUCGAGUGGCAAAUUGAUCUUCUGUAUCUGCUAUAAAAUUAUGUAGCUCUGUGAUGGAAAGCUUGAAGGAGCUCACAAUUCCAGUCAAAUUUCUAGUAAAAAAAGAAAAGGAAAACUAAAAAAAAAGUUUAAACUCAAAGCCCACUAGUAAAUACUACUAAUACAACUAAGGCCCAUAUUGGGCCGCCCAUCACGGCCCACGAACAGCAACCUAAUCCUCGCGCUGGAAGAGACGAGACAAUACGCCACGCGCCGCCUGAGCCCUCGCGUCGCGACACCGCUCGCCGCGGCGGCGCUGCUCCUCUCCGGCGACCACGCGAGGAGGGAGAAGAGGAGGAAGAAGGCGAGAAGGGAGCGAGCUGGAAGAGCGGGAGAGGGGGACAUCUAGGUCGUCGACGGCCUCAUCAAUGGGGUGGGGCAUGCCGACGCGGCCACCGGCGACGUCGACGCCGUCGCGGGUGCAGGCGCUGUACGAGCUCUGCAAGCGCACCUUCCCAUCGCCGUCCUCCGUCGCCGCGUCCUCCUCACCGUCGUCCCCGCCGCCCGACCACGCCAUCCGCGCCAUCUCCUCUCUGAUGGAUACAAUAACUCCUGUUGAUGUUGGACUCAGAGAUGAUAAUCUCGAGGAUGGAAGAGGGUUUGGGUUCUUUGAAUCAAACUUCCUGAAGAAUUCAGCGAGGGUUGCUAGAUGGGCGCAACCCAUCACUUAUCUGCAUGUCUACGAGUGUGACGCCUUCUCUAUUGGAAUAUUCUGCUUACCAACGUCGGCGGUCAUUCCUCUCCAUGAUCAUCCGGGAAUGACUGUAUUGAGCAAAUUACUCUAUGGUUCGAUGCAUGUCAAAUCGUAUGAUUGGGUAGAGCCUGCUGUUCUAGCAAGUGGCAAGCCAGUGAAACUUGGAAAGUUACAUACGGAUGAUGUUCUGAAUGCCCCUUGUCCAACGGCUGUUUUGUAUCCCCAAAGUGGUGGGAACAUGCACUGCUUCACUUCAGUAAAAUCUUGUGCUGUUCUUGAUGUCAUUGCCCCACCAUACUCUGAAUCAUCUGGCCGUGUUUGCCCCUAUUUUCAUGAUUAUCCAUUUUCUAGCUUCUCAGCUGGACAAGCAAAAGUAGUCCAUGGGCCAGAUAAUUAUGCUUGGCUUGAGGCCUUAAACGUACCGGUGAAUAUUAAUAUGCGCCCUGGCAUGUAUACUGGCCCAACUAUACAGGAACAUCUGCCAUAAUCAAUAAAAAUGGGCAGGACAGAGCGUCAAACUGUGUCCAAGUGCCAUCUCACAAAUACAGUUCUUAUCAUGUAGUGAUGUAAAUGUAACAUGUUCAUCUUUAACUUUUGAUUUAUGUUGUCCUUCAUUGAAAAGGUGUGGCUAUAAUGGUGACAUAGUCAAAACAGUUUGUACUAGCCACUUUGUAUCUUAGUUACCAAUCUGCAAAUUCUGCAUUCUAAAUUGCUUCUGGAGAUAUUGUAAAUGUAUUUAUGUUAAUGCCUACAUUUUUCUUUCUAUUUCUAUGCCUUCA